AUGGGUGGUUAUUUUAUUCUUAGAUUUAUUUCAUAUCAUAUCAAUGAAGAUUGGGUAAAAUCAAUUCAUGGUUUAUGUCUUGUUGGUCCAAGUUCGAUUAAAAGGCCUGAAUAUAUGCCAAUGUAUGAUGAAGAUCUUCAACUUGAAAAAGUAGCCGAACUUCCAAUUCAAGUCCAUGUUCUUUAUAGCUUAGAUGAUCCUAGAAUUGUAAUGGCUCACAUCGAUCUUCUUCGUAAUAACUUAGGAAAGAUGUCUGGUUUUCAUUACCAUGAGAUGAAUGGAUUCAAGCACUUUCAAGUGAAGGAUGUUCCAGAAGCCACAAGAGUAUGUGAGGAUAUGGCAAAAGAAGUACUUUCUUUAUAA